AAUCAGAGUAAACACUGCAGUCUCCAUAUAACCUCAAAUUAUAUAUCUUGUUACAUGUGCAUUAUAUCUACAUAUUUGCCAUGGGACAAUCUCCGGAUGUUGCUUGGCCAUCGGAGUAUAUAGAACUAACGAGGAUCGACGAGCUCCUGCACUGUAGGAUUUGCUACGAGUACAUCGAGACUUCGGUUGUUACCCCAUGCUCUCACAAUUAUUGUUCGAUAUGCAUAAGAAAAUUCUUGCAUUACAAAACUCAAUGUCCGGUAUGUUUCGAGAAUGUGUACGAAAAAGAUUUGCACCCAAAUAGGAUAUUAGAUGAAUUCAUGGAGUGCUAUUCAUCUCUGAAAGUAAAGCUCAUCAGCUGUAUCGAUGGGGUUAAGAUCAACAUAAAUCAAACACAUCCACCUUCGUUACCCUGUGGGAAACCAGUUGCUACUAACAAGCCGGUUGAAACUCCAAAAAAGUUGUUUUCUAUAAGAGUAAGGGAUGAGGCUCAGCUCAUGGAGACACCCAAAAAAAAUAUCGCUACAAGCACGAGCGAAAAUACGCCAAAGAUAUCUUCUCUCUUCGUACCAAAAAGUGCGGACAAAAGUAAAGCCGAAACAAGCGCUGAGAGGGUGCUUUGCCCUAUCUGCAGCAUAGAUAUAUUGGCAACAAAAAUCAAUAGGCAUUUGGACGACUGUUUGAAGAGGCAAGGAUCCAUGUCUCCCCCGAGACAAUCUCGUCAGAACACCUUAGAGCCAAUGCCAAAAUAUGUUAUGAAUAUACUGAAGGAUACUCAACUCCGCAAGCUGUUGAAGGAAUAUGGUUUAUCAACUUCGGGAGUGCGUAAAGUGCUAGAGAAGAGAUUGCAGAAAUUUUCCACACUCUACAAUGCAGAGAGAGACAAAAUUGUUCCUAAAUCUCUUCCCGAGAUCGUCAGACAAUGUGAGGAAGAAGAAGACGCUGAAAAAAGUGUGCAGCGGAUGAACUCUUCUGGAUCUUUGCUGAACAUCGAUCGGAAGUCAGACCCAAGCUCAAUUGAAGAAGCGCAGAAGCAAUAUCUGAAUAAAAACAAGGAUGACUAUCAAAAACUGAUACAGUCUAUAAACAGACGUGAAAAGUCGCAAAAGAAAAAGGGAAGGUCGUUAUUCAGUCGGCAGUUAGACGAGGAGAGUAUGGCGACGACGUCAUCGACUCCGUUGACGACUACUAGCCAGAGUCUGUUUAGUGAAAGCAACGAAAAAUACGAGCCAAACUCGUCGAGCAUAGAUUUGAGUCAAUAUCUUCGGUCUGAUUCAGACUCGAACAUAUCGUACCCGUUACAGCAUUAUUCACGGGAUGAUCCGAUGCGGUUCUUAGCGUUGGAAGUAUCGUCGGACAGUCAGAAUUCUCCUGUUAAAGUCGAAAGCUCAUUGUUGCCAGAAAGGAAACUCCAAACCCCGGUAGAUCCGGACUGGAAGAGACAUUCAGCGUCUGAAAAUUCAUGUGCUAUUGUCUCGUCAAAUCCGUCCUGGAUCAGUGGCUCACCAGUAUUUCAGUCGAGCCGCAACGAGAACAACUUGAUACCAACGACGAUAAUCAAAGAAGGCGGUGGGUCGAAAAGCGACAUUUUUGAUGCUAGCACCGAGGACAACCUCAGCGACAAUUGCAAUGAUGAACACAGAAGUGCAAUGAUCAGAUCGAAGAAGUUUAUUCGAAAAUCGCACAAACAGUGGAAGAGAACAAAGACUGGUAUCGGAGGCCAAUCUGAAACGGAUUCUGAAACCGAUGUGGAGACCACGAGACAAAGGUCUUCUGCAAAAAUUCAGAAGGGAGUAUCGCCAGAAACUGAUAACGGAAGCUUUGAUAGCGAUAUUACAAAAACGCGAGACGUGAUUCUGGAUGUCGGCGAGCCGAGCUACGACGGCGGAAAUCUGAGUAGCUCAAAGAUGGACAAAGAAAAUUCGGAAAAAACUGAGGUCGAAGUCGUUCGACGGUCAUCUAGAAAAAGAAGCCAGAUUUCGUAUGCUACUGUUUCAAAAGUUCCUAAGAUACUCGAGAAGAAAGGCAAACGAAAGAAAGUGCUUGAUGAACAACGAUCCAACGUUGUUGAUGACGUUAGUGACACGUUGGAUGUUCCCAUUCCAACGAGUGCAGAUUCUAAAACUGAGAACACGGUCGAUCAGUUGGCAAUUGCUCCAAAAAGAUCGCUGCGAAAACGAACUAACCGGUGAAGUUUAAAAGAUAGGAUGUCUAGUUUGUGUGACGUGUGUUUAUAGUAAUAUAUUUAUAAUCAAGAUAAGGUAUUCAAAUUCAAGUAAAUAAGUAAAAGGACUGUAAAAUAACGGAAUUAAAUUGGUUACUUCGAUAUUCGACUGACCUAUUCAUUCUUUCUGAAAGAUUUACUUACAUAUAUGCUAACUGGUUACAAUUUCCUAAAAAAUGUGGCCGCGAACUAGAGCAACAUGGUAUUUCGCUAAUUUCUUAUUUCGUCGUAUGAAGUCGAUAUAACGUAAAAUAUAUUACAUGAUAAAGACUUUAUUUUAUAGUUAAAUC